CUUCAUAAGCACCGCACAAGAAGAAAACGAAAACAGGUUUUUGUUGCCUGCUUGCUUGGUUUUGCAAACGAAAGCCGCCCCCUUUUUCUUCUGGUUUUGCUACAAAUAUGAAAAUCUUCUUCGCAUUUUCUCCAAGUUUCUCUCAUUCUCUGCAACACCCUUUUAUGAUUUGUUAACAAACAAGUUCAUCUUUCAAAAACAAAGCUUGUCUCCUUGCUUUGUUUUUGCUAAGGGUUUAAACCAGGAUAGCAGGCACAAAUUUUGAAAUGGGAGAAGCACCGGCAUUCCUUGUUGAUGAACUGCAGGACGGGCCUGUUAAUGGCUAUGAAUUGAAAAACGGAUCUUGCAAAACAACUACUACCAUUGGUGAUAAAACGUGGGCCUCCAUUUGUUUGACAGUAUGUCAUUACUGGAGCUGAUGAUGGCACUUUGUCCAUUGAAGUUCAAAUUUUUGACCGUAAUCUUGGAGAAUGGGUUCACCCCACUGUGCUAGGCAUCAAACCCAUGUCAUGCAAAGGCCACUCAACAGUGCUUUUGGAAGACAGAAUACUAAUUCUUAAGAAGGGUUCUAAACCAAAUGAUCAAAUAUGGUUCCUGGAGGUUGACACGCCAUAUGUUAGGCAGCAACGAAAAAUUUCGGGGUCUGAGGUUGUUGCGUGGAGUAAGGGUGUGAUAGGCAAUGCUGAGAAGCCUGUUGUUAUUAGUGGUCCUUCUGGAGUUGGUAAAGGAACACUGAUAACAAUGCUCAUGCAGGAGUUCCCAUCUAUGUUUGGUUUUUCUGUGAGCCACACCACCCGAGCUCCAAGAAAUAUUGAGGAAGAUGGGGUCCAUUACCAUUUCACUGAGAAAAGUGUAAUGGAGAAAGAGAUUAAAAAUGGAAAGUUUCUUGAGUUUGCUUCUGUCCAUGGUAAUUUGUAUGGAACCAGUGUUGAGGCUGUUGAAAUGGUAGCAGAUGCAGGGAAAAGGUGUAUUCUUGAUAUUGAUGUUCAAGGGGCAAGAUCCGUGAGGGCUAGUUCUCUUGAAGCCAUAUUCAUCUUUAUCUGCCCCCCAUCAAUGAAAGAGCUGGAGAAGCGUCUUCGUGACCGAGGGACAGAGAAAGAGGAACAAAUCUUGAAGCGACUGCGUAAUGCUGAGGCUGAGAUUGAGCAAGGGAAGUCUUCUCAGAUAUUUGAUUUCAUCCUGUACAAUGACAACCUUGAGGAGUGUUAUGAGAAACUUAAGAAAUUAUUGGGACUUGAUAGUUUUAUCACUGCUCCACUCAAAUCAGCAGCACCCAGAGAGAUUAAUCUACCAAUGGAUUUUUCAGUGUCUAAAACUGAUGACAAAAUCAUCAUAAACUGCAUCUCUUCAGGAUUGGAGAAGGAAUCAAAUAACUUCAGGAUCACAUUGGAUAUUUCCUCGCUAAAAGGGGGCGCACCUGGACGGACAAGAGGGCUUGAGCUCAGCUAACAUUCUAUGGACUUGGCCAGCUAACUUGGUUUUUCCCACUCGUAUGCAACUUGAGAAAAUGGGACACAGAAUUAAGGAAUUACAUUCAUGUGUUUAACAUAUUUUCCCCUUAGCGUUCUUCGACUGUUAUGGCAAUUGAAUUGACUUGAGAAGUAUUGGUGAUCGCACAUUUGUUAUUCCCUACAUAGACAAUGAGAUGGUUUGUGACUUUUGUUUCUCUAGUAGUUGAAGUUCUUUAAUUCUUUUGCCCUAGAAGGCCUACAAUUUGAACAAUUCUAAGAUAUGUAUGUCAAACACUUGGGUGUUAUACUCUAUAUGGCGUUUCAAGUCAUUCGUUUAACCAAUUAUAUAUGUUCUUUAUGCCA